AGGAGAUAAGGGCUGCACCGCUCCCCGGCGCUGCUCAUCCCUGGUGGCUGGCACGGGGCAGGCGGGCUCCCGGUGCAGGUGGGGGCCUGAAACCCACGGCAGAGCAAAGCUCCAAGGUCAGUAAGGUAGAGAACGAGACCUGUCACCCACUAUACAGGAUUCAGAAACCUCCCGCGGCUGCACAAGGACCUGUGCAGGCAGCACCGGGGCUCAGCUCCAGCCCCAGCUCCGGACGGAGGCAACCAGCACCAGGACCCCCCGGCCGCAGCCCCCCGCUCGGUGCCCACCUGCAGACGAAGCCCCGGCGCAGGCAGGAUGGUGCUGGCGGCCCCCGCCCUGGCCACCCUCGUCCUCAGCCUCCGAUUUUCCACGGGCCUGGCACAAGCCGCACCGGCUGCCCUGCUCUUCGGCACCGUCCUGUCCGCCACCGAGCCCUUUGCCGACCUUCCAGCCUCGGUCCUGCAAGGAUUGCGGUGCUCCCAGGCCCACCACCUGCCUGCUGCCGCCAUCCUCGCGCUCGCCCGGGAGAUGCGGAACAAAAGCGUGGAGCUGAGCAGUGCCCAGCUGUCGUGCCUGGCCCGGCUGCUCGCUGCCAACAACCUGACGGCCAACUUCAGCAGCUACCCGCCUGACCUGCUGCUCUUCUUCGAUGUGGCUGAGGUGCGCAGCGAGACCUGCGAGGAGUUUUAUUCCCUGGCUGCCCGCGGGAACCUGGAGCUGCUGCCCCGGGGCUCAGCACGGCGCAGGGCAAUCCUGCACGGGGCUCUGGCCUGCGUGGGCGCGAGCAGCUCCCACCUGCGCCCCGAGGAGCUGGGCAGCCUCGGGGCGCUGGUGUGUGACAUGGAGCCGGACACCAUCACGGCCUCGGAUCCCGGCAUCCUGGAGAACCUGAAGCUCUGCACAGCGCUGACGGGGGCUCAGCGGGGUGCUCUCAAUGCCGCCCUCCUCGGGGGCGGCACGGCGUAUGGAGAUCCUUUGGGCUGGGAUUUGCAGACUCUGCAAAGUUUGGGGCCGCUCGUGCUGGCUUUGAACCAGACCACGCUGAGCCUGGUGGCCAAGGCGGUGAGGGAGGCGUUUGCCAGGAGCAUCGCGACCACCUACAGCAGCCAGGGGUGGUCCCAGCGGGAGAAGUCCCUGACCCUCCUGAGCGCCUUCGCAGCGGCCUCAGCAGCCUCUCGCCCCCGGCUGAAGCGGAGCACAGACCGCUGCAUGUCCAAGCCCAUCACCCCCAGCACCCUCUCUGACAGCUUCCUGCUCAUUGACUAUGACACCCCCGAGCAGUUCUACCUCUGCCUGAGCGUUCCGGUUCUGAAAAACAGCCUGGCACUUGUGCUGGAGCAGCCACUCACCACGGACUACCUCCAGAUGGUGAAGAAAAAGCUGCAGGAGGUCUACCCUGCGGGGAUCCCGGAUGACCAGCUGAGGCUGCUGGGGCCGCUGUCCCGGCAGUACACGGCGCAGGAGAUCAGCCAGUGGCAGGUGACCUCCAGCGACACGCUCUGCGCCCUGCUCAGCCCCCUGGACGGCACGUGGAGCGCUGCCCAGAAGCAGCAGCUUAUCGCAAGGUACCUGGAGCUAGGGGGCAAACUAACCGGCCCCUUGCUUCAGAAAAUCGGUGGGAGAUGCCUGUGUAGCCUGAGUGAGGAGCAGAUCAAGAAAGUAACCCCAGAAGCAAUCGGCACUGCCCCACACGCUUCCACCCCCCGGCCCAGCACCGCUCUGGGUUCCGCUGCCACCCCCACAGCCCGGCCUGCUCCAGCCCCUGGCUCCAUCGCCCCGUGCCUCACCCACCAGUCCGCCACCCCAAAGAAGACCACCAGCACGCCGGCUGUCACCCUCCUCGCCACCAUCCUUGCUGCCACCAACCCCAGUGCCACUUCUCCGAGCUCUGUCCCCACACCAGCUGCCACAGGCAGUGCCCCCCCCAGCACUCGUGUCACCAACCCGGCUGUUAGCACCCACGGCACCAGCACCGUGCUGGUGCCCAGUAACGCCCCAGCACCCGGGGGCACCACCAGCCCAGCUCCUGCCACCCAUACCACCACCAUCCCGAGCACCCCCAGUGCUCCCAGUGCCCUUGUCCCAAAGUCGACCGCUGCACCCGCUGCCAUCACAGCCACAGAAACGAACCUUCCCCACAAGCCCACCCCAGUUCCCAACACCACUGUGUCCACCCAAAAGGGUGGCAGCUCCUCAACGGUCAAGACUACAACAUUUGCUUGCAAUGGUGGCCCUCCGGCACUUCUCGGACCCUCUUCCACCACCUCCAGCAGUGAGAACACCAAGAAAACACCCACAGGUGUGCCAGAGCCACCAAAACCAACCCCCGGUGGAUACAUCAAUCUGCAACCUGAACCUGGAUCAGGAUCCAGGCUCUCCUCCUGCGUGGUGCACAUACUGAUCACAGCCGUGGGCUUACCACUGCUGCAAGGGCUUCUCUGACACUACACCACCACCUCUAGCACCAUACUCACUAGAUCCCUCCUUAAAAUUUUCACCAUUCUGCAAAAUAAUGGUGCUGGCAAGCUCCCUGCUGAAACACAGAAACUCAGGAAAGUAAAAGAGUUUGUCUGUUUGCUUCCAGCAAGGAAUUUGCUCAUUAUUUUUGAAGCUGGGAAGUGAAAGGAGGACAGAUGAUUUUCCAUCCCAAAGCAGCCCAACAGAUAAUUACUACCUAGAUGCUCUAUAUAGUACAAGUAUCAGUAACAUUGACUGAGCUGGCAAUGCAUUAAUGCUGACAGCGGGUACAGUUCUGACAGCUUCACUCACACGGGGUGGCGUUUUACUUCUAAGCAGUCCCACUGGGAGCUGUUGAAAACAGUGGGAAAACUCAGGGAUUCAAGUUACUGGCCACUGCAAGAUAGGUAAAAUAUGGCCCACGAAUGCUGCCAGAAAGCUCGGCCAGAAAUCCACUAAACUGCAUUUAACUCGCUUCAUGAACGUAAGAGUUUUCAUCAAUGUUUGUUCAAACUACGCCAAGCCUGAUUAGAGGGAAGAUUAACUGAAGAUAGUUUGUCUUGAUUACUGUUGCAAUGCUAUAUAAUAAAAUAUCAAUC